GAAAUUCCUGGUAUACCAGGGGCCAUUACUAAAGUCUUUGUCUUUUUUCCCUCCCCCAACUUAAGGCAAGAAAUGGAUGUCCUUUGUUUGCCAACACUCAGGAGAACUAGCCUGCCCUGAAGUCAAAACAACCAACCUAUGAAAGCUGGAGGGUUGGGCUUUUUCCUUUCUUUUUUUCAAAGGUCUGAAUGAGGUGAUGCUGACAGCUGAGAAGCAGGUCAGUCAAGUUUUGGGCGCUCUAUUACACAAGCAAGACACAGCCAGUCCCACUUAAUUUUGUUUCUCUGGCACCCUCACGCUCAGUGGGACAUCGGGACACCUAACCCAUCUGCCUUCUUGAAUGCACGGCGACGCAUUCAAGCCAGGACAGCUGUGAUGUAUUUCAGUUCCUGUUUGUAAACACUCCCUAGACUUGAAGAUUCUCCUUAUUAACACUGAUAUCAAGGAAGGAAGGCUACAAUGUUGAUCUCAGCCCAAAUUGUGCUGAUUUCAAUUUUGUUUAGUUCACUGCUAUUUGGAAGCCAUGGGGAAGAAGGUCCAGAAAUGAACACAACACAAAGCACUGUAGAAGGCUUAAAAACAAGGGGAAAUGUAUCUGUGCCUUUGGAAAGUAUAGCAAAUUUAACCCCAGAUAAAGAAAACAGAGAAACCUCCAACCCCAAGGCAAGUAACUCCUCUCUUGGGGAGCCAUCAAAUAAAACCCACGGAACAGGUUUCUACCAUAAUCUGUCAACAGACAACCUUUCCAGGGGUCCGAGACCCACGCCCACAUUUUCCCCGAGCCCUCCCUUGAUCCACAGCUUUGUUUCUAAACUGCCUUGGAACUCAUCUGUAGGGGAUGAGAAUCCUCUGCCAGCCUCAGCACCUCUCAAUGCUACAUCCACAGUAUCUUCCAAAAAUUUCACUUGGUCUGUGGUCAAUGAUACCAUGAAAGCUCCGGACAACAGUUCCAUGACAGUCAGCAACCUCCCUGCAGCGCCAAACACCACUUCUGUGACCUCCAUAAUAACGGAAUCAGACGGCUGGCCUACCACAACCGGAGACAGCUUGGUGGGGUUUACCCCCUAUCCAGAAACAACUUUACAGCCCACCUUGAAAUUCACCAACAACUCAAAAAUCUUUCCAAAUACAUCAGACCCCCAAGAAGAGAACAGGAAUACAGGAGUAGUAUUCGGGGCCAUUUUAGGUGCUAUCCUGGGUGCUUCGCUACUUAGUCUUGUUGGCUACUUGUUGUGUGGAAAAAGGAAAACAGACUCGUUUUCCCAUCGGCGACUUUAUGAUGACAGAAAUGAACCAGUUCUGCGGUUAGAUAAUGCACCGGAGCCUUAUGAUGUGAGCUUUGGGAAUUCUAGUUAUUACAACCCAACGGUGAAUGACGCAUCUACGCAGGCAGCCCAAGAAAAUGCACGGGAUGGCAUUCCUAUGGAUGACAUACCUCCACUUCGUACUUCAGUGUAAAAAACUAAGGGGAAAAAGGCUUCAGAUGACAAAUGCUCCCCUACAUCCUGGCCUUUUCAAAUCCAGCUUCCAAAGGCUGAAGCAAGACCACUGUCGUGUGGCUUGUGCCAAAGAGAACUGUAAAAGCAUGAGGGCAGUUGCAGAAACAUAAAGACAGGAUAAAUCAUCCAAAAGGUUUCCUUUCUUACCAUUUCUGACUGUGCUGAAUCAUCUACUGAGUAACUGCAACUUGUAUUUUUAUUUUUUUCUUAGUAGGAAAUGUUUAUGGAAUCAGGUAAAACUAAAAGAUUUCACAUGACGGCCCUGCCUGAUAAUGUAAUUUAAAAAUCCUUCAUUGACAAUAGGAACCCAAAACUACAUCUUUACUUUUUGGGGGGAGGGGGCAAAAACCAAUGGAUUGACUCUUCACUGCUCCCCACUGUGGUCCCAAUGCCAUACAUCAAGACUGGCAUUUUCCUGAAGGGAAACUGGAAUGGUGAUUUUCUUUUUUUUUUUAAUUUUGACCUAAAGCUAGAAAGAGUAUGGUACAGAACUUCUGUUCUUGGGAAAUUAAAGUAAUGCGAGUGAGAGACUUGUAUUCUAGUGCAUUUUACUUUUCUGUAUCAGCAGGUACACAGUCCCCUUGAGUUGCCAAGUUGACAAUGACUUCGCAUUCAACAGAUCAUGGUAUGAAAGCUGACCCAAACCAGGAAAGUAAUCACUUCUCUUCAAAGCAUGGGAGAUUCCAAUCUGUGAUUUACUUUAGACUUUAAUUAAUUGGGUUCUUUAAAAACUCAGUGAAAAACAUGGUGAAAAAAGUCAGCCAAUUCAUAUACCUGUACAUAAUUUUUAUAGUUUUAAGAUGUUAGCUAGGAACAGGAUUUAUUUUGUAUUAGACAUUAUUGCUCAAUCAUAUAUGGAAUAGAUUCUGCAUCAAUGAAUGCAUAAAAUGUAAGGUUAAAAUAUAGAUGAAUGGAAGCAAUAAGCAAAUAAAUCAUUUUCUGAGCAUCACUUUCACAAGGGAAAGGACAAGAGGCUUAAUGUGGAGUCUGGUAUGUUUCAGUUUGUCUUUAAUUAUUGCUUGUUUUGUCAGGAAAAAUACAUUCCGCAGUAUGGGAAGGUUGAGGCUUUAGGGAUUAGAGGAUUAGAUCAAGCGCUCAAUUCCCAGAGAAGCAGUGAAUAUUUGAAGAGGGCAUAUGGAACAAGACUUUAUUGUUGAAUUGAUACAUGGUACGUGUGUGUGUGUGUGUGUGUGUGUGUGUGUGUGUGUGUGCACGCGUGUGCGUGAGAGAGAGACAGAGACAGAGACAGAGACAGAGACAGAGACAGAGAGAAAAGAAACAUAGCAACAGCCUCAGAAAAUGAGGGCUAGGAAUUAAGUAAUAGAAGGACACACUUACCCCAUAUUGCCAUAAAAAUAGCAAAGAAGACUGUCCCUCCAUUGUCAAAUAGAUAAGUCACCUUAGAGGAAAACAAAAAACCAGUCACUCUGCUGAUUAUAAUAAUCCAGUGAUUACUCUUUGCAUAUACAUACUAUGAUUUUUUUUUACCCAGUGGAAUCACAUUAUCUUAUAGCUUGCAAACCUAAGAUAUGCAGCCCUGUCAUGCACUCUGCAACUGUUUCACGUGAUUUUUCUCAUGGGGAAUGGUGAGGAAUCAGCAUUUUUCCCCCUCUUCUUCUUUCUUCCCGUUGGACUCUACCUUCAUUUAUGCUUAGAAGUGGUUCUAGCCCCCUGAGGAAGUAUUUGUGGGCCAUGAAUAGAAGCUAGAGAGUGAGCUGUAAUAUGGCAGCUUUUCAGGGGAGGCCCACCAAGUUGCAUCUCCUGUUAGCAAGAUUUCCAGGAUUGGGGGAGUUGCCAAAUGCAGAAUUCUGCCAGUGAGCCAGCACUUCCAGUGGAAAGGUGUCACCGUGCUGUCUCUGCUCUCUGAUGUCUUUCAGAAUGUGCCAUGGGUCGGGAAGAAGUUUCAUGAACCACUGGACAUUUGGGAUAUAGUCCAAGUGCUUUUUAAUCAGACAUGACCUGAAAUUUUAUAGUUUACAGUUAUACCAUGUUACUAAAUAUACAUUUCAGGGUUUCAAGAUUUGUUUGAUUUUAAUAAAGUAUAAAUUCAAUUUA